AUGGUGCAGUUACAAGGGAAAGUCAAGUCCUUUUUCAACAACAGAUGGCUAGUUUUUGUGGCUUCGAUGUGGGUUCAGUCUUGUUCUGGGAUUGGGUACUUGUUUGGGAGUAUAUCGCCAGUGAUAAAGAGCACCAUGGGUUAUACUCAGAGACAAGUGGCACUAUUGGGUGUGGCUAAAGAUUUGGGGGAUGCUAUUGGGUUUAUUGGCGGUAGUCUUUGUGAGGUUUUGCCAAUUUGGGUGGUUCUACUCAUUGGUGUGUUCCAGAACUUUGUUGGCUAUGGUCUGGUUUGGCUCAGUAUCUCUCACACUAUACCUACUCUGCCUUUGUGGUUGCUAUGCAUUUGUAUAUUUGUGGGAACAAAUGGUGAGACCUACUUCAAUACAGGAGCUCUGGUUUCCUGUGUGCAGAAUUUUCCCAAAAGCCGUGGUCCCGUUGUGGGGAUACUGAAGGGUUUUGCUGGGUUGAGUGGUGCAAUUUUGACUCAAGUUUUUGCUGUGAUCAAUGCUCCAAAUCAAGCGUCACUUAUUUUCAUGGUUGCCGUCGGGCCGUCAAUAGUGAUCACUGCUCUGAUGUUCAUUGUUAGGCCCGUGGGAGGUCACAAACAAGUUAGGCCAUCUGAUAGUUCAAGCUUCUUAUUUAUCUACAGUGUUUGCCUCAUCCUAGCAGCUUACCUGUUGGGAGUUUUGCUGCUUCAGGAUCUAGUCAACUUGAGUGAGAGUUUAGUCACAAUACUUACAUCUCUGUUGAUCAUUCUCAUAAUUCUUCCAAUUAUAAUUCCUAUUCUUUUGGCAUUUUUCUCGGAACCAAUAUCACAAAUGGAGGAAAGCCUUCUUCUUGAGUCUCGGAAGCAAGAAUCAAGUAAAUCUGACCAGGAUGGGAAUGAGGCCAUCUUCAGUGAGGUCGAAGAAGAGAAGACCUCAGAAAUAGACUUACUUUCAGGAACAGAAAGGCAAAAACGAAUGGCUCAUUUGCAAGCUAAACUGUUCCAAGCAGCUGCAGACGGGGCUGUGAGGGUCAAGGGAAGGAAAGGCCCACGUAGGGGAGAGGAUUUCACUUUGAUGCAAGCACUAGUGAAGGCAGAUUUCUGGCUCAUGUUCCUCUCCCUCGUAUUGGCUUCUGGUUCUGGUUUGACUAUAAUUGAUAAUUUGGGUCAGAUGUGUCAAUCUCUGGGGUAUGAUAAUACACACAUAUUUGUUUCAAUGAUUAGUAUUUGGAACUUUCUUGGCCGUGUUGGUGGCGGAUACUUUUCUGAGGUUAUUGUAAGAAAUUAUGCAUACCCAAGACCAGUGGCAAUGGCUGUGGUUCAGGUCAUUAUGGCAAUUGGGCUUUUCUUCUAUGCCAUGGGUUGGCCUGGGGAAAUUUAUGUCGUUUCUGUGUUGAUAGGACUUGGAUAUGGAGCGCACUGGGCAAUUGUGCCUGCAGCUGUCUCAGAACUUUUUGGUUUGAAAAGUUUUGGUGCCUUGUAUAAUUUCCUAACAAUGGCAAGUCCUGCCGGUUCUUUAAUCUUCUCUGGUGUCAUUGCUAGCGGUAUAUAUGACUAUGAGGCAAAGCUACAAAAUUCUCUGAGAGAGCAAAAUAUGGGACCUCUGUUCAAAAUACCUCUUGGGGAUGAAGAGGCACUCACUUGUUAUGGUACCAUAUGCUACUCUAUCACUGCUGCUAUUUUGUCUGGACUUUGCAUUAUUGCAGUGGUCUUGAGUUUGAUUGUUGUUCAUCGGACUAAGAGAGUUUACACCCAACUUUAUGGAAAGUCUUGCAUUUGAGCUACAUGGAGAUGCAGCAAAACAUAGUCUUUGCAUUAGCGCGAGGGUUUUGAAGUUUUGGAUCAUCCCUUGGCCGUAUUAUCUUGGCUCUCCAUGAGCACAAAAGUUUUUGUUUUCCAUUGUUUUAAUUUGUCCACAAUUUAUUGGAACCAGUCUUCUUGAAAACUUGAAUUGAUAAGGUUUUUUGAAUUUUGGGGCUGUGCUAUUCAUCUGUAAGCAGCGAGUCAAUAACAUGCUUCUCUGAUUUGUGUUUGUAGAUUACGCCGUUGCACCUUUUUAUCAGCCUUUUCUUUUAAAUCACUUUCUGGGUUGUAAUACUAUUUAUUGAAAACAGUCCACUUAAAAUCUUUUAUGUUAUUCGAG